AACCUUGUCAAGAAGUAAAAAGCAACUUGUUACAUAAAUUUGUAACAAAAGAACCACCUGUCAGACGAUAAGAAGAAAAAAUGGCCUUAUUGAAUAUCCUGUGGGCCAUUAUAAUUAUUUUAGCUUGUUGGAGCAGCGAUAGUUUAAUGGGCCUUGUUGCGGCUGGCCCUUCUCCACAAACAGCCUUCGGAAUGUCAGCCCGUCAUGGUAACUCGAUGAUGAUUGGCGGUGGUAGUGGAGAUGUUGGCGGUGGAAUGGGUACAGCUGGUGGCGGAGGAUUAUCUAUACCAGGAAGUGUAUCAUAUCAACCACAUGAUUCAGAAGAGCUGGAAAAGGCAGUCUAUGAUCCGGGUGAUGAACUUCUACAUGCCCUGAAUUCUGAAGCAGCUGCACUAGUUGCGUCCUCUGGAAAUGAUGAAGUCGAUUCCGAUGAUGAUUAUAUCGACAAAGUUAUCAACGACUUGGCCAUGCCAGAUAAAUUUGAAUUACUCAGAAAGCUUGAUGAGGAUAUAAAAGAGGAACAGGAUAUUGUUAGCAAAUCGGCUUUGCUGAUGAAAUUUUUAGAGGAUCCAACAAUCGAAACGUUACCAGUGGUUUAUGUUGAAGAAAAUCCAGGUGUGGACAGUAGCAAUUUAUACCCGCUCAUAACUGGCAUGGAGAAAAGGUCAAGGUAUUAUCGAAGAUAUCCAUGGAAACGCCAUAGCCGAAAUCGAGGAAGCAACUAUGAACCAGAAAUACGUUAUGCCUGUACACCAAGCAAAGAAGAUGUCUUCAAGCUACUUGUUGGCUUACAUGAGAAUCGUAAUGGAAAUCAACACAAGACUGUUCAUUUCUGCAAUCGUAAACGCCCUGCCAAGGCAAUAUUUACAAAUAUUCGAUUCUUGGGUUAAGUUAAAGGCUUUAAGGCAAGCAGAAACAGUUCACAUAAUGACGACAAUCGCUCACUUGAAAUCGAACAGAACUUACCCAUGAUUUUUUCAUUAGACAAAGCCAAAACCACAACCAAAAUGAAACAAAAAACCAAAGAUCACCAAAUAAUGGGACUGAAACAAGAAAAAGAAAAUUUUUACAAAACUUUUAAUUUUCCUUAAAAAGCAAGAAAGCUAAUUUUCUAAAUUUCCAUCAUUUCAACUUUCAUAAUGUAAAUUUAACUUUCUCAGAAAUAUUAAAAACAAAAAAUAUUUAUUUUGGAAAUAAAUGCAGUAUUGUUACCCUUCAUAUGGCAACUUAAAAAAAAUUUAUAUAAAUGUAAAACUAAACUAAAC